ACGUAACACCCCCAGCGUCGCCGAGAAGAGCACGUAAUUAGAUUUAAGGCUUGACAUGUACAAGGGGAAGAGGAUCCCCUGUGUAGAGAGAAGAGGGCAUAUUCCUCUAUCUCUAUAUCUCUCUCAUUGCUUCUCCCUCUCUCACAUUGGGAUUUCGUUUCUUUUCUUGGGAUUUUAAUUGGGAACGGUUUGGAUUUAGAAUGCCCGGGUUCUCAUCGUAUCUUGGAUCGCGGAUUCGGUCGUUUCUUCGGGAUUACGAUAGACUUCAGUCGCUCGCUGUUAUCCUUAUCUACAUCCAAAUUGGUUGCGCGCUGGUUGGAUCCCUUGGGGCAUUAUAUAAUGGCGUGCUGCUGAUUAAUCUGGUGGUGGCGCUCUUUGCACUGGUGGCAAUUGAGAGCAGCAGCCAGAGCCUUGGACGGACAUACGCUGUUCUUCUCUUUUUUGCUAUUUUGCUGGACAUCGCGUGGUUCGUACUUUUCUCGCACACAAUAUGGAAUAUUACUCCGGAUGAGAAGUAUGGGCCAUUCUUUGUCUUCUCACUCAGACUUGCUUUGUCAAUGCAAAUUAUUGGCUUUUCAGUGAGGUUUUUGUCCUCAUUCUUAUGGAUUCAGAUGUACAGACUGGGUGUUUCAAGUGUGGAUGGUACAGCCUAUCAUGAAGCAGAUUUUGAUGUGAGAAACAGUUUCUUGAAUCCCUCAACACAUGAAGUAGAUAGGCAGACCUCCAAUUCUGAUGAUAUCUUGGGAGGGUCCAUCUAUGAUCCAGCUUAUUACUCAUCUCUUUUUGAGGAUGCUCCAGAUAAAAGUUGUGCAUGCGAGUUCUGUUUGCAGGGUGACAAACCAACCAAGGGACGUGAUGGUGGGUCAUCAGCAGUUGAAUCUCCUCAACUUAAAUCAUGCAUUAGUAGAUCCUUUCAGGUCGAUGAUGUUGAUAAUAUGCUAUAAUGACCCCCCUGAACCAUUGAUCUAUAGAGCAGUGGAGCAUGAUAUUUUGUUCAACAUCCACCACAUGUUUUCCUUCUUAUUUUUGAACACAUACUGGGCGAUGAUGUCAACAGCUCUUGUACUUGAAGAGCAUGCCAAUUGAAAAGAAAAUUACAGCUUCUUCUUGCGAUCACAAAAUGUAAAGAUCAUGAUCGAUACUGUUCUCUGAAUCCCGCGGACUCUUCUAGUAAGUUGGCUAUCAUCCUUGCACCACUGAACCACCAAGUAUAAUGUGCAGGGACACUGGUCAAUCUCUGUCCCUCUGGUGAGGGUGCUGAUUAAGCUCCACGUUAAACUGUGCAUGCUUCCAACAUGUGGACAUUUAUCUCCAGACACUUGUGAAGCUAUUGGAAUCUUCUUGGUGGUAGCAUCCUCUGGUGCACGGCGGUGCUCUCCAUCAUGACCUUAAGAAUCUUAUCCUGUAAAUUCUUUUGUUCAUUGAUGAAUUUACCUGGUUGGUUGCCCGCAUGCAUAUCUCCUAUUGCUGAUGAACUAUUUUUUGUUUGGUAUUGGAAAGUGAAGAAUUUUUCAGUCAACUUGAAUUUUGGUGAUGAUCUCUGCGGAUUUACUACUGACAUUAUGUAAAGCAAAUUCAUCAUAUUGUUGCAAAAUAUGGUGACAGAUUGUUUCAGACAGUUGAGAGUGAAUAGCAGCAUACUGGAAGGUUUUAUACAAGCAUUUGUGGUUGAAAGCCUACAACAGAUUUCAAUGUUUGCCAUCUGCUAUCUCCUAAAUACCAUUUGUGGUAGGCGCUAAACUUGUGAGUGGUGGAGUGAUUUCUAUCAUUUUAUUAUAAAAACAAACAAGAACAGGCCUAGUUUCAAAGUUUCAUUGGUUGAUCUGGUCACAGAUUGCAGCCAUCUCCUAAAUACCUCUGAAAUACAUCUAGCGCAAAACAGAGUACUAUGUUUUAUGGUGUUGUUUUCUUUCUUUGUAGUUCUCUUCUCUUCGCACUUGUUUAAAUUAUUAUUGUUUUUAUAUUUGCUGCUGUUAUCAGGGAUUGGGAGGAUUGGCUUACCUGGCUAAUGAGUUGCUUACACUGAAAACCUAAUCAAAAACUUUGUGACAAGAGUCCAUGAUAGUCAAGGUAAAUGACCUCAUGGUUUGUUGCUCACCCUGUGGAGGACUCACGACUCAUGUACAUCAGUACCGUCGAGGGUCCAUCACCAUCUGAGAUGAUCCUGACCCUCUAAUCAGUGAGACUUUUUGUUCUUGUUGUUGUGUACUUAUUUUUCAAAUUUUACUUUUAAUACAUUAGGUGAUGAAGUGAUCUGUAUUCAGCGAAUCCACUUUGCAUAGAAC